CUUCCGCAUAUACAGUCUCUUUGUAUUCAUGAAAUGGUUACGCGAGCUUAUAAGCAUGUAGUUCGAGCUGUUAUUGCUUCUGUUGAGAGCAUGGAUAACAUGUCUGCUGCUAUAGCCACAACAUUAAAUUUCUUGCUGGGGUCCUGCAAUGCUGAAAGUAGCGAUCAGACUCUUAAAUUGCAAUGGUUGCGGGCAAUUUUGGAGAAAAGAUUUGGUUGGAAAUUGAAAGAUGAACUACAACACUUGAGAAAGUUAUCGAUUCUGAGGGGUCUUUGUCAUAAGGUUGGGUUAGAGCUGGUGCCUAAGGACUAUGAUUUGGAAUGCUCCACCCCAUUCACAAAUUCUGAUAUUAUCAGCCUAGUACCCAUUUGCAAGCGUGUAGGGUGCUCUUCUGCUGAUGGGCGAACUCUACUUGAGUCAUCCAAGAUUGCUCUAGAUAAAGGGAAGCUGGAAGAUGCUGUGAAUUAUGGAACAAAGGCUCUGGCAAAGAUGAUAGCUGUCUGCGGUCCUUAUCAUCGUACAACUGCUAGUGCUUACAGUCUUCUUGAUUGUGCGAUUAUAUAUCAGCAGAAGGCAUUGGAUAUCAAUGAAAGAGAGCUGGGGCUUGACCAUCCAGAUACAAUGAAGAGCUAUGGGGAUCUAUCAGUAUUUUAUUAUCGCCUUCAGCAUAUUGAAUUGGCUCUGAAAUAUGUCAACCGUGCAUUGUUUCUUCUCCAUUUCACAUGUGGGCUUUCUCACCCAAAUACAGCAGCUACUUACAUAAAUGUAGCUAUGAUGGAAGAAGGCAUGGGAAAUGUUCAUGUUGCUCUCAGAUAUCUACAUGAAGCCCUUAAGUGCAACCAAAGACUAUUAGGAGCGGAUCACAUCCAGGUUAUAGCUGAAAACCAAUCGUUUUCUGGUAUUCCCAUUCUGAGGAGCACAGAAGGCUUAUUUUUCUUCUUUCAAUUCCUAGGCUUGAAGAAAACAUUAAUCAAAUUAUUUUAUUUUGAUUUUUAUUGUCUUGUGCAGAAAAUGAAAGAAGAAUUGAAAAGAUUGAAAGAUGAGAAUACUACACUUACAAGAGAUCAUAAAGCUAAGAAAUUGGAUAGAAGACCAAAACAAACAAUUUGA